AUUUACCUUUAGAUAAAACAUAGUGUUAUGUUAAAAGAGAGUGUAAUAAACAUAUUGUAUUUAUUAUUUGCUAUUUAACCUUCCUCUUUUUCGAUUUUAAAAUCUUGGAUAAUUAAAUGCAGAUAACUUGAUAAUGUGAAAAGCUAAUUUAAAUUAAAAAAAAUGUGUAGUUUAAAUUAAGUUAUAACAUUUUACGAAAAAUGAAAUAUUAAAAGGAAUUCGUGCCUUUGAAAGAUAGAGGUGAAAGAAAACGUUACAAACGACUCUGAACAAAGCAAAACAAAGAUGGCUUAAUAGCUUUUUUCUUUAAUAAAAAAAAAUUAUUUGCGCAGAUAAAAUGCAGGAAUGAACGGACGUGUUGUGUGUAUGUUAUUGUAUUGUACAGUUUUGUGGAAUGUUCUGGAAUUUACGACAGAAGCAGGCGGGUCAUGCCAAGAGAGACAGGAAUACCUCCCACUUGGUCGAACUUGUAGAAAAUCCUGCCAAAAUAAUAGAGAUUGUCGUUCUCACAAGAAAGUAUGCCAAUGCGAUGGCCUUUGUGGCAUGAGCUGUAUCAAAUUAAAUCAAGAAUGUCAACCAUUGGCUAAUAUCCCGCAUGGUCGGGUAGAAAUAAUGUCGAAUAACCGGUUCGGUGCUGUGGCCCAGUACUUUUGCAAGGAUGGCUAUAGAUUGCAUGGUGACCAAGCAAGGGUGUGUCAAGGUGAUGAAACUUGGAGCGGAUCUAUACCUCAAUGCAUAGUUGCCCAUAAUGUGGAGAAAGAGUUAUGCCCACCACCACCGGAAGUACCCCAUGCGACUCAUGAUGGUCCGCCUGGCCAGAAGAGAUUUGUUCUUGGAACCUGGCUGCAAUACAAGUGUGAACCUGAUUACGUUCUAAGCAAUGACAAGGUUUUAAGAGCUUGGUGUGUAGGAGGAGUUAAGCCGGCGUGGGUUGGGCCUAAUAUAACUUGCACACGUAAUCGUGCAAUAUGCUUUAGUCCACCAGAUAUAGCGCAUGCGAGCCAUGACAGUAAUCCACAACAGCAACAGUUUUCCUCAGGUCACCGUCUACUUUAUACGUGCUUUUACGGCUUUUAUGCAAAAGGCCAGAUAUAUGCAGUAUGCAACGAUGAUGGCGAAUGGACUGGACCAUCAAUGAUUUGCUUACCGUCUACAUGUCCUCGACUUUUUGCACCUCUACACGGCCGAAUGUACGGUGACGGGACUGAUUAUGGUACGGUUAUCAGAUUUCACUGUGAUACCGGAUACAAAAACGUAGGGUCAUUUGAAAGACGUUGCCUGGCAGAUCGGACAUGGAGUGGACAACAUGCUAGAUGUGAAGAGAUGAGCUGUGCCUGGCCAGGACCUUUACACAAUGGUUACCUUGACGACCAGAAAACAACUGUCGGAUCAAUUAUACGUUUCAGGUGUAAUGUUCGUACAAAGCUGCAAGGAGCCCUGGAGGCCGAGUGUUUGAAGUCCGGCAAAUGGUCUGAAAAUCUACCAACAUGCUGGGGUCAGUGCAAAGUACCAGUUUUGCCUAAUGUUAGUUAUCUUGAUAGACGAAUAUUACCAUACGAAGACCAUGGCGUGGAAAUUGAGUACUACUGCAGAGGCGGUCUUGUACCACGUGAUUCACCGAUAAUGAAAUGUUAUAACGGAACUUGGUCGACUACCGCCGAAUGUUUACCGGCACCUUGUCAGUCCGGUCCGCCACACGUAUUGAAUGGAAUGCGUAUUUACAUGGGGCAAGGUCACGGAUUUAGAGCCAAAUAUAAGUGUUUUGCAGGGUUCCAGCUUACAGGAAUGGACGGGACGUACCUCACGUGUGAGUUUGGUGUCUGGACAGGUGGAACACCUCUAUGUACGGAAUUUUAUUGUCCAAACCCAGGAACAAUCGAGAACGGAAAGAUUUAUAAAAAGAGCCAGGAAAGUAGAUUUGACUUUAAGCCGUACAUUAGUACCAUACGUCAUGGUAACCGGCUCGAAUAUGACUGUGACAUGGGAUUUCGAGUAGAUGGCCCAGGCGGUGCGACAUGUGUCAAUGGGCAAUGGCAACCUCCGCUCGGUGGUACCAAAUGUGUGCCUGCAACCCAUCCACCUUUCAAAAAACUUUGGAAACCGUUACCAAACUUGAACACAUACGUGUGAUAUUGUGAAAACUGUACAGAUUGGAUCCAAUAUAUUUCAACUAUAUUAUGAAUUUUUAUAAUUAAUUUACAUUACAGUUUUAUUGUUGUUGCCUUCAAAUUUAUUUAUUUUUGUAUAAAUUAGAUGAGUUCUCUGUUUAAAUUAAAUAAGAUGACGUACCAGAUGUAUAAUCUUACAAUUUUUAAAAACGAUGGAAUUUCUUUUUUGUGUUAUGGAUAAAAAUGUAGAAUAUGGCUGAAUUCUGGCAAUGUGUCUUCAAAAUUUAAUGCACUAAAUAAUAGAAUAUCUGUCAGGUUAAUAUUCUCUGAUUUCGGUAAUCACUCCAAAAUAUUGUAUGUGUUACACAUAUUUUACCUAUUUUAAUAUAUGUCACUGGUUGAAGUAUAGUUAUGUCUGUGAGAUGAAGUUGCAAUUUUAAUGUUUGAAGCAGCAUGCCUCCAGAUUGAUGCUAAUUUUCAUGAAAAUUUUGAAAAUGUAUUUAAAAGUGAAAUAUUGUGAAUUGAACAAAGAAAAUAAUUUGAACAUUGCAAACGGCACUUACAAUCCACGUAAAUUACCAAAAAGGGGUCAAAAUAUGCAUAAAUACCUCUUACUGCGUUAGUAACGCAGUAUAAUUAUAGUGAUUGAUACUGCAAAAUCAGUCAUUAAUCGCACAUAACAUGUUAAUGAUUAAUUGAAUACUGAAUCUUUUAACUUUUCUUGAGAUCUUAAUACAUUUUCCUAAAGAUUGAAUAUCUUGAAAUAUUUUGACUCAUCUGGAGGCGUGCAGCUUUAAUGAAGUUAAAUGUUGCAAAAAACACAAAAUUUAGAAAUAACUUUUAUGGCUGGUAUGUUUUUAUCGAUACCUUAGUUAACAGUUAAGUGGAUGAUGUCUGAGAUUAAAUUUUGCAGCUUGAAUUUUUUAAAAUGUCCAUUUCAAUUUUGAAAAUAUCAAUUUAUUCUGGUCAGCCAACAGCAAAGAGCAUAUCAGAUUGCACAGGUGUGUAGGAUAGCUUGGGUCUUAACUAGAUGAGUAAGGGCAAAGGGUUCUAGCCGGUAAGUGUUAUUCAUAUAAUCCAAUCAUCAUAUUAUGUCUUUUUGAUAAUAACGUUAUAUUUCAACUGUUAUUGAAACACAUGAUGUAAUGAUAUUGAUAAUGUAAAUAUUAACUUUACAUAUUGUUUCGAUAGCAAAAACAAUAUAUGCUUGACAACGUAUUUUGAAUAACAUCAUACAAGAAAUAGAAAUAUUUCAAAUCUUGAAGUUGCCAUUUUAUAUCCAAUAUGAAUUGUCAGUCAGCGUUGCCACAAACUAAGAGUUAUUUUGACCCUUCAAGCUGUUUUGUUUGUCUACUUUCUAUGCAAAAGUAGGCUUUGUCUAACAAUAUAUGAUUUGUUUGUAAAAAUAAUAUCCGUUUCAUUUUACCUAUAAUUAUUCAAAUACAUGUUAUCAUAAUCUCGUUUAAAUAAUGUUUUGUAAGCAUAACCAAGGUAAGUUGACUAAGUUAUUUAGACAUCGUGCAAGAAUUUAAAUUAUAAAUUAAAUUGUAUGUUCGUAAUUGAUUUGUCAACGAUACUCAGGAGUCUUGGUUAUUUGUAUGACUUAACAUAAUGUUAAUUUUUAUUCAUAAAAUACAAAAUGGUGAAGA